AUGGCAGGACGAGCUGAGACAACAUUGCCCGCCACUAGACGCCCGCGCAAAUCCACGGGCCACUCGCCCGUCCGCAAGCGAAUCGAGAAGGAGAACAUCACCGUCGACAUGGCAAGCUCUCUGGCAGCCAACGCCGGUCGCAAGAAGCUGCGCAGCAAGAGUAUCGGUCCCGGCGGCCUGGACGGGCUCAAAUCCGCUGCUGGCAAUCGUCGCGUCUCGCUAGCUGCACCUUCAAAACCACCGCCACGGUCGAUAUUGAAACCCACCAUCCCAGUACUGCCCGAGAUACCACCUCAUAAGCCGCGCGGAAAAGGAGCCGACAAGAACCAUAAUGAUGCUGCCAGCACCUCCGGAACCAAGGUCGCUCUAAGGACCGAGGAAGAACAACAAGCAGCCGCGCGAGAACGAGAAGAGCGCGAGAAAGCUUUGGAGAAGGAGAAGGAAAUCAAGGAUCGCCGAGAAGCACGGCGGAAGUCUCUCGCGAAUCGACGAGUAUCUUUCGCGGCCGAAGCUACCCUUCACACCUUCCACGAAAUCGAGUACAUGCAAGACACCACCGCUUCGAGCAACUCAAAUCGCAGAGCCUCGUCUUCUGGGCAGCGCUCGCAGGGCCAAAAUGAGGACGAAGAGCUUCCCUCAACACCGCCCGAUCAGACCGAGGAUGUAGUACCGGGAUCACCAGACGACCAGCGCGAUAUGCACAAGAAGAGCCGGAGGAGUUCUGGGGCAGGACCUCUUACCUAUACGCACAAUGACGAGGACACGAUGGCUUCGACAGUCUAUAGUUCGGAUUCAGAGGCUACCGAAGGCGUCAUUGAGGCAGACGAUGUCGACUCCGAUUCAGGGAGCGACUCUGAUGCAGAUGGUGUUUCUGUCGAUCUGGAUGUCGAUGAGGUGACUGGUACAACUGUCGCUUCAUUGGCAUCUGCUAUGUCCAGGCACUCGGAUCUCACGACAGGAUCGACCGACACCUUGGAGGGAGCGCUGCGACUUGCGACAAACCGGGCUGUGACACAGACUCUCGACGAGGACGAGGAGAUCAUCCCGUCUUUCGGGUGGGUGAAAAAGCCCCAACCCAAACCUUCCACGUCGGCCGCGAAUCCUGCGGCGAAUGGCGCUUUACGGAACAAUGAAGACACUCUGGGCAAUGUCGACGCGACUAUGGAUCUCGGCUCCGAAAUGGAGCUCACCCGUCCUAUUGGUGGUAUUAUCGACAAAGACGACGACGCAGCAGAUGAGAGUUAUCUGGAUGAAGAGAUGUCCAUGGACGUGACCAGAGCUCUCGGGGGCAUCGUGUCUGGAGCAGGCUCGCUUCGCUCUCACGGCCAGGCGCCAGAGCCUGGCUCGCCCAUGAGCGAGGAGAAUGAUGAUGCAACAAUGGAGCUCACCAUGGCAGUCGGCGGCAUCAAGCACCAGCCUCGCCUCUCCGAGGGAGACCUUCUCGAAUUCGACGAUAACGAAGAAAUGUCCAUGGAGCUCACAACCGUGCUCGGGAAAGUGUUGCCUGGAAAGCGGAAAUCAUUACCUGGAAGGCGUCGAAUAAGCACUGCAAAUCAGGAAGACGCUACGAUGGACAUGACGAUGGACAUGACAACUGAUCUCGGCCGCAUUCUGCCUAACGACAACGACGAAGACGAACUUCUUGACGAAGCGACGGCCGAUAUGGAUAUGACCAUGGCUGUUGGCGGAAUCAUAUCCGAGCCGUCGCCGGCACGCUCAAGGAGUCAGGCAAAGCAUAUCAUGGAGCAGGAAGUCAACGAGGCCGACGUGGCAACGCCAGACAUCAGCUCCUCUGCGAAACGACGGUUAUCGGAGGCGGUCAACCCCCCCAAUGCCACGACGACCAAAUCACCGGGCCGUACUGCCCUCAACUCUCGUGCAUUUGGACAAAGUCUGCGCGCGCCACCGUCAUCCAGCCCUUUCAAAUCGUCCCCUUUCCGAGAUCACCCCACCAGCCCUAUAAAGCGAUCACCUCAAAAACCAGCUCAAGCGAAUACGCCUUCGAAAACUGCAUCGCCACGGAAAACACCCAGCCAGCCUUUGAAUACAAGUCGAUUCAUGAGUGGAUCUCCGAGGCGGACGCCUACAUCCAUCACCAAGCCAGGUCGGCCGUUGUCAGCCCAGAAGCCCACCUCAGCCUCUCGUAUCAUGUCUCCCCUGAUUGUUCUGACGCCACAGCAAAGGAGGCUUUCUGGACUCGGUGCUGACCGGGCUGGUCUGGGAUCUCCGAAAGUAGUUGCCAUGUUUGAGCGACGUGAGUCGCUCGGUCAGGCUGCCGAGACCUUCGUGCCUAGAGAAAGCAUAGGCGCUCAGCGUGGUGUCUCGUUUGCCGACCCUCAGCUCAUGGCUGAGGAGUUUGACAGAGAACUUCAAGAGACAGGCCCUACGGACGAGGACAAUAACACCGCAACACUGAGAGACAUGAUCGCAAGCAUGACGCCGAAGAAGAACCCCCUCAAUGGCCGCAAAAGUCUCGCGGUUGGCAGUGCAGCAGGUCUUCUUGGCAAGAGACCUCUGGAGCUUGAUGACGAUGAGGACGACGACGAAGAUUUCGAGCCGAUGGAUGGCGUCAAACGACUAAAGAAUCACCAGGGCAGUCCGGUAAAGAACAUCCGACUCAACGCGCCGCCAACAAAAGCUGAGACGUGGUCGAACUCUGUCAAUUCAACCAUGACUUUCUCGCCCAAGAAGAAAGUCCCCAUCACGACGUCCCCAAAGUCUCGGAAGUACUUGAAUUUUGUCGAAUCAGAUCUACCGACUGGCACGCUGAGUUUUGAGCACACUAUUCGCAUGGAAGAUGAGGAGGACCAAGAUAACGACGACGGGUCGCGCAUCCAUUUGCAGGACUUCCUCAACAUGACAAGUAUUCGGUUCAUAGAACUGACGACAACCAAAAGCCGGCCUACACAAGGUCCUCGGACGACUCGCGACAGUUUCGUCCCCAACAAAGAUGACGUCUCCCUAGAGAGGCGAGUGGUGGCUGGUGCUUGUACCGUCCCAAUGCUGGAGCUGUACCAACACUCGUGCCGCGAGCUCAAGAAGUACAUCUCAGAGGGUCGUAGGAUUAUCCGCGAGAUCGAGACCGAAACGCUCGAGGAAAACCCGCCUCUGUUCCAGGAGUAUAUGAACGCCACGCCUGACUUCAAGAUCAUCAUGGACAACCAGUUCAAGAACGUCAAAACUCAUGCCCGCCUCUUGAGCAAAGCGAUGUGGUAUGAGUGGCGCAGCCAGCUGCAGGAGGGCUUAAAGGAGGGUUUGAUCCGAAUUGGUGAAGGGAUGGACAAUGAUGAGAAACUGCUAAAUAAGGAGCAGAAGCUUCUUGACUCUGUCUUGCCUGGUCUCCAGAAGCAGCUUGAGACACUCGAAAGCGAGCAUCGAAACCUGCGUGUCGCCGCAGAUGAGCUCGCAGACGGUGAUCCGGAGGACCUGCAAGCUGCCCGUGACGAGCUUGAAGGCCUUGACGAGGACGUAGCCGCCAAGACUGCCAAAAUCGAAACCCUCAGGCUACAGCUGGCGGAGACCGAAGCGUCCAUCUCUGACUGCACGCAGCAGAGGACGCAGUGCAUUGCCGACAUUGAGCAAUCCGAGAAGAUUCGGGAAGAGUGCAGAGGCUGGACGUCCAGCGAGGUCAGCGUCUUGAAAGCCGAGGUUGACAACCUUGAGCGGGCCUAUGGCUGGACCAUUACUGGAAUUGCCGGCAGCACGGUGUCAAUGACAUAUCUCAAGGAAGUCGAGCUCGUGUUCGACAUGUCAGCGCUUGAAGGGCGCCAGCCCGCCGCGCAGGUGGAUCUUUGGUACAUCGCUGCAAACCGAGAGCUGUGCCCCAUCCCUUCGACACCAGACAGAGAGUUCUUCUUGCAGUGCAUUAGGGACUAUGUGCGUUCUGCUGUGCAGGGACGUACCCGCAUGAGCGAACUCUUGCCGAUCAUUAGUCGGUCGUGGGACAAGGCCAUCGAGGUGUCGCAUAAUUUGCGCAUACUGAACUCGACGUUCCCGACGACCAUCAGCCGCACAUCCGAUUCGUCUGUGCUGGUCCGAACCGUCUUGCUCAUUGCGCCGCUCCAGACCAAGGUCGAGAUAUCCUUGGACCUUCGCGGCAGAGGCACUGCGGACGGACUCGACGUCACCAUUACCCCUACGGCACGUGUCGUCUACGGCGAGCACUUCAAGGUGGACAAGGUUUCUGAUUAUCUGUCGACAAACCUGGGCACCAACCUGCUGUCCCAAAAGACGGCGGAUCAGGUCGGGUCGUGGAGUAAUGUUGUGGUCGACCUCCAUCAGCGUCUGCUUGCGCGUGGACGCAAGUGA